GGAGGAGCUGCCGGGUCUGGUAUGCUUCCGCUCGGGCGCUGUGGUGGGGCGAGCACCGCUGUCGCAGUUCGGAGCAGCGGGAGGGGCGCUGGUGGAGGAGGAGGUGACUGCCUACCUGCGGAGGCUGCGGGUGCUGCGAGGGGAGCAGCAGGCGGGGCGGGGCGGCCGGGCAGCGGACACGGAGGAUGAUGGCAGCAAGGCUGACGAGGAGGAGGCGGAGGAGUGGCGGGUGAAGCCCUGCGAGCUGUGCGGUCGGAGCUACCCGCAUGAGCACGUGCGGGCCGUGUACGGUGCCGACAGACGGCGUGCGGACAGCAGCGGCGACGAGGAGGAUUGAAGCGAGCUGUCGCCAGUUGUGUUGAGGUGACGCGUGAUGCACCGCGAGAGGUGUUGAAGCGAACCAGACAUGCAUGCUAGCCGCGGGCUGCGAUGCCUGCCGCUAUCUGCAUGCGGAGGCAACGAGGCAAGCCUGCUGUAUCGGUGCUGUGCAGCCCUGUCUGGUGUCAAGGAGUGCAUGCACACCUUAUGCUCACAGAGAGUGAUAAGUCAUGAAGGUUACAUGUCUGCAGCUCGCGCUGUAGAAGCAUCUGAGCCA